UAGAUAUGAUGGAUCAAAAUGGAAUGACACCUUUGAUGUGGGCAGCUUACAGAACACAUAGUGUGGAUCCAACCCGAUUACUACUUACCUUUAAUGUUUCAGUUAAUCUUGGAGACAAAUACCACAAAAAUACAGCAUUGCACUGGGCUGUGCUAGCAGGAAAUACUACAGUCAUUAGUCUUCUCUUAGAAGCUGGAGCUAAUGUUGAUGCUCAAAAUAUAAAGGGAGAAUCACCACUUGAUCUAGCAAAACAGAGGAAGAACGUUUGGAUGAUCAAUCACCUACAGGAAGCAAGACAGGCAAAGGGAUACGACAGUCCAUCCUUUCUGAGAAAACUAAAAGCUGAUAAGGAAUUCCGUCAGAAGGUGAUGCUGGGAACUCCUUUUCUAGUUAUUUGGCUGGUUGGGUUUAUAGCAGACCUAGACAUUGAUUCUUGGCUCAUUAAAGGGCUGAUGUAUGGUGGCGUUUGGGCUAUGGUGCAGUUUCUUUCAAAGUCAUUCUUUGAUCACUCCAUGCACAGUGCGCUGCCUCUUGGAAUAUACUUGGCAACGAAAUUCUGGAUGUACGUGACAUGGUUCUUCUGGUUUUGGAAUGAUCUCAAUUUUUUCUUUAUACAUCUUCCAUUCCUCGCUAAUAGCAUUGCACUUUUCUACAAUUUUGGAAAAUCCUGGAAAUCUGAUCCAGGAAUCAUCAAAGCCACGGAAGAACAAAAGAAAAAGACAAUAGUAGAACUUGCGGAGACAGGAAGUCUGGACCUCAGUAUAUUCUGCAGUACCUGCUUGAUACGGAAGCCAGUGAGGUCCAAACACUGUGGUGUAUGCAAUCGAUGUAUAGCGAAGUUUGAUCACCACUGCCCAUGGGUGGGUAACUGUGUAGGAGCAGGGAACCAUCGCUAUUUCAUGGGAUACCUGUUCUUCCUACUUUUUAUGAUCUGCUGGAUGAUUUAUGGAUGUAUCUCUUACUGGGGUUUCCACUGUGAGACAAGUUAUGCGAAGGAUGGAUUUUGGACCUACAUUACACAGAUUGCUACCUGUUCUCCCUGGAUGUUUUGGAUGUUUCUAAACAGUGUUUUUCACUUCAUGUGGGUGGCUGUGUUACUCAUGUGUCAGAUGUACCAGAUAUCUUGCUUGGGUAUCACGACAAAUGAAAGAAUGAAUGCAAGAAGAUACAAGCACUUUAAAGUCACAACCACAUCUAUUGAAAGCCCAUUCAACCAUGGAUGUAUAAGGAACAUUAUAGACUUCUUUGAAUUCAGAUGCUGUGGUCUUUUUCGGCCUGUUAUUGUGGACUGGACAAGGCAGUACACAAUAGAAUACGACCAAACUUCAGGAUCAGGCUACCAGCUAGUGUAGCACCACCUUCAUCCUGCGAGCAUAUCAUAUCUGAGUGGUGCCUGAAAAAUUUUCUCUCUCUCUCGAAUACGCAUCCCUUGAAGAGUAGCAUGCUAUGUGUAGGGCUGAUGAUGAAUCUUAAGGUACCUUCUCUUCAUCAGAAUUUUAUUAACAAAAGUAAAAAUGGACAGAAUAAACUGCCAAACCCGAUAAGGAAGAGGAGGAAGAUCAAAAAGGGAUUUUAACAGUUCUUAACAUGAGAAUUAUUCACGACAGCAUAUUCACAGUAUUUGUUGUUGGGUUUUUUAUUUAAGGUCUUUCACAAUGGAGCAUGAGAUUAUUGAAGUAUUGACAUAAGUAGUUACAUUGUGCUGAGCAGAAAAAAUUAUUUCCCAAGAUCAAUUAAUUACACCAAAACAAGGUUCUAGCAUAUAAAAGUAAAUUUCAUGAUGCAGUUCACUGAUCGCUGUGUUGUAGUUCCUAUAAUGUGAUCUUUUUAAUACAGAUUUUCUGUAGUACGAUGUACAUUGGAAAUUGUGCUUUUCAGUACUGCUAUGAACAUCACAUGGUGGGAUUAAGCGUGUUAAGUUAUAGCAGUAGGGCACGUCGGGUAACGUUGAGAGAAAAAUACGUUGCCCACUUUUUUUUGGUGAUUGCCACUAGUUAGUGGUACAACUAAGUACUUGUGAUCACCCUGUUCUAAGGUUACACAGCCUGACAUAAACAGUGGUGCCAGUAAGGAAAGCUCUUCUCUUGAAGUUAAAGCCCCUCUUAAAUGGGUGACACACCUGUGAAACUAGAUUACAGUAUAUAAUGUUCAGGAAAAAAGUGAAAAAGGUUCAUUAUCUUUGAAGUAAUUUUAUAAGCAACUUGCAAAGUAGCGAGGUUUUGCUGCCAGGUCUGGUCCUGGUACAGUGUAGUGUCGUUGGAGACACGUUGAAAGAGAAAUUGCUUGGGGGAGACCGCAGAUGUGACAGUUGAAACCUCAGUUAUCGAAAGAUGAGAUAGUUUGAAAUCGAAUGCAACUGCGGAAGAAGAACCCACAGUUGCCUGAAAUGCUUAUUUUGUUUGGAUGUAAAGUAACAGAAACGGAAAUUUCAAAACAGCAGCGUGAAAAACCCCGACAGUAGCACGCGCGCACAGAAAACCUAACGCAGCGUUCUGAAGGCGGCGGUGUAGUGGCAUAUGGAAAUCACCCUCCGUUUCUUUUUUUUUUUUUAAGUUCUCAUGCUACAGAUACGUUUGGAAGGUAAGGAAUGAUCUGAAAUUGCAUUCCACAGGGGCUUUUCUUGAAUGUGAUGCACUGAUUUUUUUGUUAUGGUGUUUUCGUAUACUCAUAGUGAAUUGUUCACUGCUUCCUUAACUAUUGUUUACAGAGAGACUGAGAAUCAGGUUAGUUCUCUUCUAAGUGCUGUAGCAACCCAGUGGUUCGAGAAACCUGUGAGGGGAGUUUGGGGAGGGACCUGAAAGCAGAUGUCUGAGACCAGUGUAAAGAAUGUGUAUCUGUAUAUAAAUAAUUUAUCAAAUAGUUUUCUCUCUGUGAGUGUGUGUUUAGUGUAUUUAAAGCUGCUCAUUUUCAUUUUAUUCAACCAAAAAGAAGUGUAGGAAGAUAUCUAAUGAGCUUUUAGUGAUGUUCAAUAUUGCUGUUAAUAGGCAUUAUGCCCUGCAAAUUCACUGCAUGUUUGAUGCUUGGCAAAAUUAGCGUUUUCUGUAAUAUGCAGAUUACAGGUAAUAAAGCAAUCUAGUGGUAUUCCCGGCCCUUGCCUUAGUAAGAGGAGCAGUGAAACUGUAAAUAGUUGAUGUUCAGUAUUUGCAAGUAAACAUUUCUUCUGUAGUUGUUCGUUGAUCUCAAGACACACACUUAGUCUGCAAGUACCAGAUAUCAGGAUUUACAGAAGUGCAGCAUUAGAGUACUCGAACGUUUAAUACUGGAAAAAUCAACAUCGUCUUGGACACAGUUUUAAUGGGCGAGGUUUGGGUGUGGGAGUGGCAAGAACCUUCUUGCUGUUUUUGUCAGACAAAAUUUGUAGUCCUAACGAAGACACGCUGUUUCAGUGAAAACUGUUGAUGUCGGUUACUCACAGUUUUUUCUCAUCAGAAAAAAGCAUGGAGACUUCACGAUGUCGUUUAUUUUAAUCACCAGAAAUGUUCUGCUUAGUUGUUCGUGAUUUGUUUUUUCACAUUUCUGCUGGGGGUCGGUUGACUUGAAGAACUUCAGUCCACUUUGUUAAACGUCGCCUUGCACCAGAAGAGCAGUUCCGUACGUGAUACAAGUUUUGGUUUUAGUUGCCCAGUAGCAUUAACUGCCACGAAUUGUGUCAUGCAGUUCCACGUCAAAAACCUUCGCAGGGAAGAGGUGAUCUGUGGCGGUAUGUAGCGAGUUCUGCGCUAUUUACUUGUUGACAGCUCUCCGGUGACGGUUUUGUUGAGACCUGCAGAGUUUGAGCAAGAGCAGGUAGAUGUGAAAAUUAACUUGCAUACGCGGGUUGGGGAUAUGUGAAGUUUCCAGUGCAAAAUGUAACUUGUCUUGAGUAACAGCGAAUCGUUUGAUGUGAAAUCACAAAGUCAAGCAGGGGGGAGCCAACGAUGCAGCAUUUUUCUGUCAAGUUAUCAAACUUAAAAUCCACUUGUUGAACCAAAACUGCAUUGCUUCUGAAACUUAACAAAGCUGAUCCAGACCAAGAGCAGAUCAGACCAACUGAAUCUGACGUAGGUAGAAUAAAUGGGAAUUUUGUCUUGGCCCUAAACAUGUGCUGUUUCUUUGCAGGUUUCUGUAUUCUUUGAUGUCCACCAGAUUGGGUUAUCUUUUUUUUUCCAAUUAAUGUGUAAAACAGCAUCACUACAUUUUAAGCUAUGGAUUUUUUUGUAUAUUCUUUAUUUAUAACUGUGCCAAGUAUUAUUUUAAUACUGUCGAGAUCUUGAUGUAUUACAUUGUGAACAAAAUAAUCUGUAAAAUGUUUAAUAAAUUAGCUCUCCUUACAUAAAUUAAAUCUUAAAUUUUGUAAGUUAUUAAUCAAAUAAAUAUUGACUCUUAGA